CCCGCCGCCGGCGCCGGCACCGCCGCCCAGCGGUCUGGCCGCGGCGGCUCAGAGCGCGGCUGCGGCGGGCGCGGGCGCCGGCGGCACCCUCCCGUCCGUCUGUCCUGGGAGCUUCGCCUGCGCGCCGACCCGCGGGGGGCCAGCAAGCUUUCCGGCCCGCAGCGGGGGCGGGGACGCCAGGCCAGCGGCCCCUCCGACCCCCACGAUGAGGAAGCUGAGGCUCAGGCAACAGUAAUACACCCACCUACACAGAACUAGGUAAUCGCGGUGCGCUAGCCAGGUGGUCGGCCCCAGGCCCAUGCCGUGAGACCGGGAGGCGCCGCCAGCAUGCCGUGGGACACGCGGCGGCCUGGGGGCGGCGCGAACGGCGGGCCCGAGGGCGCGGGCGCAGCGCGCUCGCGGGCGCAGAAGCAGUGUCGCAAGUCGUCGUUCGCUUUCUACCAGGCCGUUCGCGACCUGCUGCCCGUGUGGCUGCUGGAGGACAUGCGCGCUAGCGAGGCCUUCCACUGGGACGAGCGCGGGCGCGCCGCCGCCUACUCGCCGUCGGAGGCGCUGCUCUACGCCCUCGUGCACGACCACCAGGCGUAUGCGCACUACCUGCUGGCCACGUUCCCGCGGUGCGCGCUCGCGCCGCCCAGCGCCGGCUUCCGCUGCUGCGCGGCGCCCGGGCCGCACGUGGCGCUGGCCGUGCGCUACAACCGUGUGGGCAUCCUGCGCCGCAUUCUGCGCACCGUGCGCGACUUCCCGGCCGAGGAGCGCGCGCGCCUGCUCGACCGGCGAGGCUGUAGCCGCGUGGAGGGCGGCGGCACGUCGCUGCACGUGGCCUGCGAGCUGGCGCGCCCCGAGUGCCUCUUCCUGCUGCUCGGGCACGGCGCCUCGCCCGGCCUGCGCGACGGCGGCGGCCUCACGCCGCUCGAGCUGCUGCUGCGUCAGCUGGGCCGUGAUGCCGGGGCCGCCCCCGCUGUCGGGGCGCCAGCGCCCGGGGAGCCGCGCCAGCGCCGCCUGCUGCUGCUUGACUUACUGGCGCUGUACACGCCGGCGGACGCAGCCGGCCCGGCCCGCCGCGAGCUGCUGGGCGACCGGCCGCGCUGGCAGCGGCUGCUGGGCGAGGACAAGUUCCAGUGGCUGGCGGGCCUGGCGCCACCCUCGCUCUUCGCGCGCGCCAUGCAGGUGCUGGUCACCGCCAUCUCGCCCGGCCGCUUCCCCGAGGCCCUGGACGAGCUGCCGCUGCCGCCCUUCCUACAGCCACUGGACCUCACGGGCAAGGGCUAGACCGCGGGGGCACCCCGUGUGCUGGAUUUUUGGAGAAUACUAUUUUUCAGAGCGUUGUACCCGGCACUUUACAUAUAUUGUUCUCUGGACAGCAGAA